AGAAAAACCUGGCGUGUGUCCUGCACUGCAUAGCGUGAUAAUGUGCCCCGUACCCAACCACCCCGCUAAUUGUGGAUCGGACGAAAACUGCCCUGGAAAUAAGAAAUGCUGUAACAUUGGAUGUAACUUCAGAUGCACAGAUGUCUAAGGUGAGGAAGGUCCUAAUCAGAGGGUAAACAUCUGUCACAGCCCUGGAGAGAGGACAGAUAGGGGGGUAUUAUGCAAUAAUCAGUAGAAGAUAUGGGGUGCUAUGUCCAUCAGUAAAAGAUACGGGUUGCCCUUCCACAAGUAGACAAUUUGGUGUGCUGUGCAAUCAGUAGAAGAUUUGGGGUGCUAUAUCCAUUAGUAAAGGAUUUGGGGUGCUAUGUCUAUCAAUCAAAGAUUUGGGGAGCUGUGCAAUCAGUAGAAGAUUUGGGGUGCUAUAUCCAUUAGUAAAGGAUUUGGGGUGCUAUGUCUAUCAAUCAAAUAUUUGGGGUGCUAUGUCUAUCAGUAGAAGAUUUGGGGUGCUGUGCAAUCAGUAGGAGGGGUUCAGGCAUUCAUUGUCAGUGGUCCAUCACACUGAGCCAUUCCCAGAGAUUCAGAGAGUGUGGGAGGCAAUGUUAGAAUAAAUGAGGUCCGCAGAAGGUGUGAGGUUCUAUGAAUGUCAGUAACACAAGCUGUAAUGAUGAAGGCUGCGUGAUUUGGAAGAUCCGUUUGGUUUUAUCACCGUAUUAAUAAAUGAUUUUAUAAUAAAUACUUUGCCUUUCUUCCAACAGAAAACUAAUCUCUAUCCGAUAACGAGUGACGGAUGCUGCAUAGCACAUGGCACACUGAUGGCAUGCCUCGUGAUCCGUCCUACUAUCUCUCCGCUUGGGAUGGACUGUGUCCCACCAAUUCCCAUCCAAUCAUUGCUAAUUACUGUCGCUUGAUGUAACUGAUUCCAAUAAAUAGAAAUAUCAUCACUCCAUUGUGAGACCCUGCUUUCUGUGUGGGAUUACAGAUAGCACAUAAUGGGAUAUUAGAUACAAACAGAGAUAACAUUUAACUGCUCUCCAC